UUAAUAAACUUAAAUCACUUUAGACAAUUCUUCAAAAUGUUUCGUUUGUGCCUUUUCACAGUGCUUUUGGUGGCAGUAGCAGUCAACUGUUUGCCAUCCAAACAUGAAGCCAAAAUGGGCAGGAUUGCCUUAAAAAAAGUUAAGCUUGACAGAAAUUUUCUUGCACAAAUUGGACCACACAGGGAAGCUCUCAAGGAGCGUUACUCCAAAUUAAGAUCUGGUUCUGGUGUUGAGCCACUGACCAACUACAUAGAUGCCCAAUACUUUGGAGAAAUCUCCAUUGGAACUCCAGCGCAAAACUUCACCGUCAUUUUCGAUACUGGCUCCUCAAACCUGUGGGUUCCAUCCGUCAAAUGUCCAUCUUCUAAUGUUGCUUGCAUGCUCCACAACAAAUACGAUUCCGACAAAUCAUCCACUUACAAAGCUGAUGGUAGAUCUUUCGCUAUCGAAUACGGAACUGGAUCUAUGGCUGGAUUCCUCUCAACUGACACAAUCACUAUUGCCGGUUUGACCGCUAAAGGCCAAGCCUUCGCUGAAGCCAUCACCCAACCAGGUUCCACCUUCAUCGCAGGCAAAUUCGAUGGUAUUUUAGGUAUGGGUUACGCUAGCAACUCUAUCGAUGAAGUUGCACCAGUUUUUGACAACAUGGUAGCUCAAGGAUCCGUAGACGAACCCGUCUUCUCUUUCUACCUUAACAGAGAUUCAGAUGAUGAAUUGGGCGGUGAACUUAUUUUGGGAGGUACCGAUCCUGCGCACUACGAAGGAGAGAUCACCUGGGUCGAUGUAACCAAAAAAUCCUACUGGCAAUUCACUGUCGAAGGUAUGAGCAUCGAUGGGCAGAGCUUAAGCGUUUGCAAUGGAGGUUGUCAAGUCAUCGCUGAUACUGGUACUAGUCUCAUCACUGGGCCAUACAGAGAUAUCGGACAAAUUAAUGAUGCUAUCGGGGCCGAAUUAACAUUCAGCGGAGAAGCUUUUGUUGAUUGCGCUAGUAUCCCAGAUCUUCCCAACAUUAACUGGGUUAUUAACGGCAAAAACUUUACUCUUGAGGGCAAAGACUACAUCGUAAAAAUCGAAGAUGAAGGAGAGACCGUGUGUAUGUCUGGAUUUCAGGGCUUGGAUAUCAAUGAUGGUUUGUGGAUUCUUGGUGAUGUCUUUCUUGGCAAAUUCUAUUCUAUUUACGAUCUUGGCAAUGACCGUGUUGGUUUUGCUGUUUCCAAGGAUUAAAGCUAAAGGCUUAAUUUUAAGAAAUAUUGUAAUUUUUCGGUAAAAUCAAAAUAAAAUAUAAACUUAUUUAAUUAUUGCUUUUAUUCAGUUCAAUUUCAUCAAAUCACUUUUACAAUAUUACUAUACCUACAUUUUAAAAUAAAUUAAUAGCAUGUUUUAAACAGUUGUACUGUUAAAAUCAUACAUUGAAAUAAGUACAAGAUUAAAAUAUGGAAUAAUUGCAUGCUUUGCAAGAACUAUUUCUCAAAUAUAUUUCAUUAAAUAGUGGCAUACAAUAAAAGUUAUAAAUCAUUAAAUUAUAAAUAUAUGUAUAACAAAUUAACACUUCAAAUUUUGUAUUGCAUUUCUCUAUAAAAACAUCUUAUCACUGGUUUCAUAACGUUAUUAUUAUUUAUAAUAACUUUGGAAAUUUAUUAUAGCAAAGAUAAAAUGUUUUAAUCAUUAAGGCAAUAUUUUGGCAUAGGAUAAAUAAUUUACACACAAAAACUUUCAUCUUAACUAAUUGAUUAACAUAGUUAAAGCAUCAAGUAUAAAAUAGAAUUCUUCCACCAUUAUUGCAUUUAAAUUCAAAAAUUGAUCUAUAAAGUUGUAGACUCUAAAUAAAAAAUAAUAUAAACUAAAAUAAAUAACAAACAAACAAACAGGAUAAAUAAUUCCCGGGAAUGAUAAGUAAACCCAAAUUUGACAACAGAGAAAAAUAAAUAAAUUUAAAAUAUAUACAAUGCAAGCUAAACCUACAUCUAUUCACAAAACUUUUAAAUUUUGAAUUAAUAAUCAGUCUUCCCAAUAAUGCACAUCAAAGGCACCGUAUACAUAUGUUAAUAAAUAUCAACAAAUUAUUCGUGUAAAGUAUCAACUGAUACAGCAAAAUCUUUUGCCAUUCCUAUUCUAGGAUUCUUGUUUGACAUUCUGUUCGUUAUAUCAUCAUGUAAAUAAGAUAAAACUUUUUUGACUUCCACGUUCUUGGAAGGCGCCAAUCUUAUUGCAUCCUUUACAUCUGCCAAGGCACUCUCGUAUAACUUAAGAUCUAAUCUCGCCUUUGCCCGCGCGUAAUAAGCUUCGUAAGAAUCGAAUUUCAUUGCCAGGGCUUCGUUGGCCAAC